AUGUUUUACCUCCAAAUGUACAUCGGCGAGGUGAACUUUGAUCGGGCAGCACGGUCUACGGCUGAAAGGCAGCAGCAACUUUUCACUGGCGAGUGCUUGCCCUGAGGUGGGAAGAGAACAAUUACUUGUGCAACAAAUCUAUCUGGUCAAUCAAGAUAAUUUUGAUACGAUCAAUGCCGUGUUUUCGACAGUCCAAGAGCCUCAAGAAACUUAAUGAAGCCCGCCCACGUCGCCCACCUCACGAUUGAUCCAAAUGCCGUUCGUUUGGUACUCUGUCAGCCCCGCAAAGUGCAAGCGCUGCACUCUGAAGUCGAACAUUCCUGACUCGUGCCAAGCCGGCACUAUAGAGGAAGUUUCAGGCCCUGAAUAGUGCCGGUUU